GUGCCCAUCGCGUGACGCACGUUCGAAGAAAGAAGUGGCUGGAAAUGGAUGGACGGAGAGACGAUGAUGGAUCAUCCCCAGUCAUGGAUAUCUCUGCACCAGUUUUUGAGCCACGAGCCGGUGAUUCUCUCUCUCUCUCUCUCUACCGCUCUCCCUCCCUCCGCUGAAGCGAAUCCGCCAUGGACGGAGCCACGCUCGUGUCGAGCUCCGGCUCGCUCUUCCCCCCGUCGCUCCCUCCGGCCCGUCGCGCGGCCGCCGCGAGCGCCCGCCGCUUCGCUCCCCCGCCGAGGUCCUCGUUCCGGACGUGGCGGGGCAGGACCGGGCUCGUGCCGGAGCGUGAGCUCGGGCGGAGUUGCUGCGGCGCCGCCGUCGGCGCCGGCGGCGGCGGCAUUACGGAGAUAGACGAGAGCCAGUUCUCCGAGACGGUGUUGAAGAGCGAUCGUCCGGUGCUCGUGGAGUUCGUCGCCAACUGGUGCGGCCCCUGCCGCUUGAUCUCUCCGGCCAUGGAGUGGCUCGCUCAGUAUCGAGCAUUUGACGUUAGCAGUCGGUUUUAAGCUUUUAGAUUGAUUGGCAUUUGUUUCGCAUGAUGUUUUUCAUGGAAUGAGAGCCAGAGGUCCUCUGUCCUAAGUCCCCUCUCAACUUGUGUUUCCGUCCCGAAUGAAUUUCCGUCAGGCUAUGUUAAGAUUGCAAGGGGAAUGUUGGAGCAUGUUCAACUCAACUGGUGUAAGCUUUUCAGAUUAAUGAGAGGGUUCCUAGUGAUAGUGCAGACGCCAUUAAGCAUAUAACAUAGAGGCCGCCCGGAAGAUCGAAUGACUUCCAUUCUCAUCUUGUCCCUUUGUUGAUUUGGGGUCGCAAUCUCCUCAGCUUGAGUUUAAGCUAGUCUUUUGAUGAUGAAUUGAUGAUGCAAGAGAAGUGACCUGAGAAUUUAGGUCCCCUUUUGACUAUUAAGGUAGCUCCAAAUUUUCCGUUGCUCUCUUUUCCUAAUUGUUCUCCCGUUGUCCUUCUUUUCACUUUGUACCGUCUUCUCUUAGCUAUGGCUAAGCAGUUUUUACUUUCUUCUUGUUUUCAUAUGGAUGUUGAAGACCAUAAUUGGACAUUAUAAUUUGAGAUGUAAAAGUUAGUUCUUGUUAUUAGUAAACUGUCAUGGUUGUGUUCCUUCUAAUUUAUUGGGAGGUGGUGGCUUGAAGCUGUAUUCCUUUAACCUUCUAGUGUGAUCUUUGGCCAAUUCAUUAGGAGCUAAUUCCUGCACACUGUGUCAAGUUUUCACUUCUAUCAUUCAUGUAAAAUCAGAUACUCCCAUAUAAGCCAGCUUUUGGAAAAAUGUUUCCCGCUUCUUUUCAUAAAAUUUAGCCUCCUCUUACCCUCCAGAUUUCACCUACUUGAAUUCUUCAUGAACAAGUCACCUCUGUUGUUUUGCUUAAUUGCACCAAAUUGGCAGUCUCCAUCGAGUGGAAACCUUGUCAAAUUGUUGCUGGCAAGGUGAGAGAAGAAUAGUGAGAGAAAUGCAGGGUGAGUUGAUAUUACCUAGGUUUUAAGACGUUCAAGCUGUUAGGUGUUGUUUUAUGUGAAUACUUUCCCUCGGAAAAGUCGGUUAACAUCACCGAGAGAUUUCUGUUUUCUGUUGAUGUACUGUUUUGUGGCAAUUACUUAUAAAAUGGUAAAACAAAGAUACUAAUACAUGACAUGUAUCCUAAUGUGAUUGUUCAGGUUAGGAUUGUUCUGAUGGGUAACUUGAUAUUCAGGAGUCCCUUUGAUUUUCUUUGUUAUAUUGUAAGCUGGACUUUGUUGGUUCAGAUUAAUUACUAGGCAUACACAUGAUGAAACACCAAUUCCUGCAAUUUCUCUAUGUCAUCCACUUGUUUGCAUGAAGCCUUUUCAGCCUAGUCUUUGAGCAUGUUUGGGAUCUAUAGAUAAUCAUGAACUUGAGUUUGUUUGGAAGUCAUUGUCAGUGGGUCGAUUACUGUCAACUUCUAAGGAAAGAUGAGCCUUUACCUGCACAAUAGUGCUACAACAAGUAGUUUUAGAAGGAAUAAUGAUAUAUCUUAAAACAUGAUGUGUUGGCAGAUUUAAAGCAUGCUAAAAACUUAUGCCGGCUGGCUGUCAUUGUGUUAGAUUGUUUCUAUGUUUGACAACUGUAGCAUGCCACUUUCUUUCUUUUUUUAUUGAUUUUAGCGUGCCACUUUUUUCUAUCAACUGAGCAUGCCACUAUGUUUAUAUGAUUUAUAUUCUUGGGAAUCUUUAAGGCUCUUACCUAUGAUAUUUCGACAAGAACGUGCUUUUCCAAUUUCUGAGGCACUUCACAUUCUGAAGGAAUACAAAGAUAGAUUGAUCGUCGUAAAGAUUGAUCAUGAUGCAAACCCGAA